AUGUCGGUCCUUCGCAAACUCUCCAAACAUGUCCACGCCAAUGGCAGCGAGACCCCCAAAGAUAAGACCGAGGGCCACAUGUCCCCCCUUUCCUCUCAAAGCCCGGGUCCUCACCGUCGAUCCCUUGCUCAGUUCCUCCAUUUGGGCGAUAAGUCGGACUACACCUCCAGCGACAAUGAGUCCGAGAUGAGCGACUUCGACAGCGAUAGCUUGAGCAAGAACGCGCAAAAGAGGGCUCUGGCAAAACAACGGAAACACGAACACCGCUCAAAGCUCAGUCUUGACAACCGUGACGACUCGGAGGAGCGUACCAAGAAAAGAUUGGAAGAGGCUGCCAAAACCGAGACGGAAGAUAUGAAAGCACGGUACGGCGAGCUUCCAUUGAUGCAAUCCACAACCAGUCACACUCAACAUCGGCUCGACCUAAGCACAGUGACCGAAGAGAUGGACGGCCAAGAUGUCAUCUUUCGCUGCAGAUUGCACCAUGUCAGGAACAUGGGUGCGAAACUAGUUUUCCUGAUCUUCCGACAACAGAUCUCCACCAUCCAAGGUGUCCUUGUUGAGGAACCCGGCAAGGUCUCGGCCAUCAUGAUUCAUUGGGCCGAGCAUCUGCGCACUGGCAAUAUCAUGCUUGUGAAAGGCGUGCUUCAGAAGCCGCAGAUACCCGUCAAGUCUGCUUCCAUCCACAACGUAGAAGUCAAGGUGACCGGCUUGCACAUCGUCGUUAAACGGGCAGAGCCUGUCCCUUUCUCGGUCCAGGAGGCCGAGUUGACCAUUCUCGACGAUGACCAAAAGGUCGAUGGCCGCCAGAGUCAGAUUCCUGACCGUGUGAGACUGGCCAACCGAAUUAUGGAUUUGCGAACUGCCACCUCCCAGUCCAUCUUCCGUAUUCAGGCCGCCGUGGGAAAUCUUUUUAGAACCUGCCUGGACGAACAAGGGUUUGUGGAAAUCCACACGCCAAAACUUCAAGGGGCGGCGACCGAGUCUGGUGCCUCGGUGUUCAAGGUCAACUAUUUUGGACGUCCUGCCUUCCUUGCCCAGUCUCCUCAGUUGGCCAAACAAAUGGCCAUAGCGUCUGAUUUUGAGCGUGUCUACGAAAUUGGUGCUGUCUUCAGAGCAGAAAAUUCCAACACCCAUCGUCAUUUGACCGAGUACACUGGCCUCGAUCUUGAGAUGGCUAUCGAGGAAAAUUAUCAUGAGAUGAUGGACAUCAUUGAUCAUACCCUCAAAGACAUUUUCAAGGGCAUCUACACCAAGUAUCGCAAGGAAGUCGAGUUCGUCAAAGAGCAAUUCCCGAGCGAAGACCUCGUGUGGCUGGAUGAAACACCGAGAAUCCCCUUCAAAGAUGCCGUCCAGCUUCUCACCGACUCGGGUUGGUUGAAUGAAGAUGGAGAACCCAUCUCGCCUUUUGAAGACCUCGCCACCAGGGACGAGAUCCGUCUCGGUGAGCUGAUGAAGGAGAAGUACAAGACCGACUAUUACAUCUUGGACAAGUUCCCUAGGUCCGCUCGUCCUUUCUAUACCAUGCCCGAUCCAAAUGACGACCGCUACACCAACUCCUUCGACGUCUUCGUCCGUGGACAAGAGAUCAUUUCUGGUGGUCAACGUAUCCACGAGUCCAAGAUGCUCGAAGACAAUAUGCGUAUGGUCGGCAUCGAUCCUGACGACAUGGCCGAUUACAUGGAAGGCUUCAAAUGGGGUGCUCCUCCCCACGCUGGAUGUGGUGUCGGUCUCGAACGUAUUGUCAUGCUUAUUCUCAAGCUGGGCAACAUUCGCCUCGCCUCGCUCUUCCACAGAGAUCCGAAGUCUUUCCCGGCCAAGCCGGCUGUUGAGAAACUUCGACACCCCGAAGCAGACACUUUGAACCCUGUCUGGAAACAAGAACGUGGGCGGGAAGUGGCUGUUCAAGACCGGAAGAUGCCAGACCUUUUCGACCUCAUCGCAAACUACGGUGACGCAACCUCGACAUCUUGGGGUGACGAACGUUACCAGAUCUGGCGUCAUGCGGAUACUGGUGCUGCAGUGUGUUAUGUGCCCGAGGGCCACUACGCCAUUCUUCCGGGCGACCCCCUCUGCCAUCCAAGCCAAUACUAUCGCAUCGUCGUCUCAUUUCUCCAGUGGUUGAAAAGAGAGACGCGUCUGAAGCCUCUGUGGCUGUUGAUCAGCCCGGAUUUGGAGGAAGUCCUCGGCGAAAAAUUAGGUUGGAAAACUUUAUCCUGCGUUGCCGAAGAGCGUGUUGAUCCACACAAGAAAACCGCCGAGUCUGACCCCGAGGUUGCAAGGAAGAUUCGCAAGGCUCAGAGUGAUGGCGUCAAGAUUACCGAUCUGGAUCCUAAAGAGCCCGUGCCUGAGAGUGUCAAAGAACGUGCCAAUGCCCGCGUCAAGGACUGGUUGGCAAACCGGAAGGGUACCCAGAUCCAUCUGUCGAGCAUUGACCUGUUUCGAGACGAGAAACAUAGGCGCUACUUCAUCGCCGAAGACAAAGACGGCGUCCUCUGCGGCAUCGCGGUCAUGUGUGAGAUUGCCCCUCGUAAAGGCUGGCAGGCCAAGUACACCUUGGACUUCCCAGGGGCACCAUCCGGAACAAUCGAAUACAUUACCACGCAUGCGCUCAACGCUGCUGCCAACGCCGGUGUGAAUAGUGUCACGUUUGGUGGCGGAGCUGCCACUCAUUUGACUCCAGGCCAUCAUAUGAGCGGUGCCAAGGUGAAGAUGUUGCAGGCCACGUAUGAUGCCAUUGUCAAACAAUUCAACCUCGCCAGAAAGUCCGAGUUCCGAGAGAAGAUGGGUGCUGUGGCAGACCCUAUCUGGAUUGCUUAUCCUCCACAUGGUCUUGGUUCUCGAGGCAUCAAAGCCAUCAUGCGGUAA